UCUAAAUGCCCUAAUUUUUUUCUUCGACAUUUAUAUCGCUCCUGGUCUCCUAAGCGAGGGAAACCGGAGAAUCUCCUCGCAUGAAGCUUUUUUCUAGGGCCAUCCUCAAUUGCAGCAGCGGCCGUGGCGGCGGCGCCGGCGGUGGUGCCGGCGAUGAUGUUUUCCCAAACCCUAAAGGUCGCACUCCGGACCAUCCUCCCUAUGCCGAGAUGGUGAGCGUCGCUCUACGAGCUCUCGCCGAGGAGAAUGGCUCGGCCGAGUCAUCGAUCUCCUCCUACAUCAAAUCAAACUUCAAUGACCUCCCAUGGGGCCACGACCGGCUCCUCCCUUACUACCUCAGCAAGCUCGUUGUCGACGGCGAGCUAAUGUCUCCUUGCCCGGACCGCUAUCAACUCUCCCUUGACCCUCCUCCCUCCGUUUCUUUACCAAUACGCCGCCGAGGCCGAGGCCGUCCUCGGCUCCACCCGUUAAACCCUAACCCUAGAUUUAGUCGUCCCUCUUCCGCUCUACCUAGCCACAGGGGUAGUUCACAGCCUUUGCGCCGCCGUGGUAGACCUCGCAAGAUCCUCGUCGAGGAUGCGCCACCGCUCCAUCCAGAGGAGGGAACACGGCCGCUGCGACGAGGGCGGGGAAGGUCGCGGAUUCAGCGUGGUACUUCCAAGGAUCACACAGCUUCGCAGAGGUUGGGUCUUCGAACUCCUAAAUCAAACGGUUUCAAGAGGAGGCAGGAUAGCUUCCUGGUCAACAAUAACGAGGAGUUGAAUUGCCAGUCGGGAAACUCGGCAUCUUUUGAUAAUAUUAAGAAUGGAGAUUCUGAUUGUAUCGUUUUGGAGGAUCCUGUACAUGUCAAGCUUGGCCUUGGUAUGUUGGUACAAGGGCAGUUAAUUGUGCCUCCGGAGCUGUCUGAUGCUGUCAAGGAACAAUAUUUGGGUGAAGAGCCGCCAUUGUCGAUUCUUGAGCAGGGAGCAAUGCCCUCUUCUUUGGUUCCUGAGCAUUUUGAGCAUGCUGAGGAGCAACCACUGCAAGGGAAUGAACAGCCAUUUGUGGCUCCAGAGCAGACAGAGGUCAACCAGGAUCAAUCAUUUCUGGGAGAAAAACUGCCAUUGUUGAAUCAAGAGCAGGGAAUAUUGCUGUCUUUUGCAGCUCCUGAGUUUUUUGAGCAUGACCGGGGCCAAUUGAUGCAAGUAGAAGCACUGCCAUUUAUGCCUCCAGAGCAAACUGAGCUUGUCCAGGUUCAAUCGACGCUGGGAGAAAGGCAGAACUUUUUUACCACCGAGUCAGGAAAAGUGCAGUCUUCUGGGGCUUCUGAACUUUUUGAACAAUGUCACGACCAAGGAGAAGUUCUGCCACUUGUGGCUCCCGAACAAAUGGAGCAAAUGGAGCUCAACCAGGAUCAUUCAUCCCCAAAAGAAAGGCCUUCAUUUUUUAUCCCCGAGCCAGGAAAGGUGGUGCCUUUUUUGGCUCCUGAGUUUUUUGAGCGUGAUCAGGGGCAACCGUGUCUAGGAGAAGCGCCAUCAUUUAUGCCUCUUGAGCAGACAGAGCUUGUUCAGAAGCAAUCUAUUGAAGGGCCUCCAUUGUUAACUCCUGAACGACAUGAGCAUGACCAUGGACUGCCAUCGGCAGCUUCUGAUGAGUCUGAAGAUGGCUACGAUCAGAGUUUCCUAGAAAUAGGGGCAGAUGAUCCUAAGGUUGGAGAGUUGGCGCUGAUGCCACAUCCCCAUGAAGAAGAGUUAGAGAACCCUGCUGUUUCUAACAAGAAGAGAAAGUCUCAUGGAAAUCGUAGAAGGCACAGGCUCUGGUUUGAAUCUUAAACCGUUAAAAUAUUUUUAAUGAAGUCCAAGAUCUGUUUCUGUUUUCAUGAUCAUAUCUCAAGUGACUAGUUCAUGUAAAGACCUCAUGGGAACUUGAUUUUCUAUUAGAAAAUAUCAAUAAUUUCAGAAGUCGCUUGAACCAUUCUUCUAAGAAAAAAAUAAUUA